AUGUUUAAGAAGGCAGUAGAUAAUGGUGGUAGCUCAAUAUCAUAUGAUAAUUUGGCAUUAUGCUAUGAACAGGGAUUGGGUGAUUUUAAAAAAGAUGAUGGAAAAGCUAUAGAGUAUUAUAAAAAAGCUAUAGAAUUAGGAAAUGAAGAUUCUAUAUACUAUCUGGCUGUACUUUAUGAUGAUAAGAAGGAUUAUGAAAAAUCAUUCGAAUUAUUUAAGAAAGCUUCAGAGGUAAAAGAUAAAGAAGUGAGGAGAAAAGGUCUAUAUUCAGUAGGAACGUUUUACUAUGAUGGUGAUGUAGUGAAUAAAGAUUAUAAAAAAGCUGUAGAAUAUUUUGAAAAAGCUGCUGAAUUAGGAUUGUCAGAAGCCUAUAAUUAUUUAGGUAUAGCAUAUGAAGAUGGUGAAGGUGUUAAAAAAAAUUAUGUAAAAGCAUUUUUCAACUAUAAAAAAGCUGCGGAAUUAAAAAAUAUGUAUGGCUUAUAUAAUAUAGGUAGGUGCUAUAGAUAUGGUAUUGGAGUAAAGAAAGAUAUUAAUAAAGUAAUAAAAUAUUACAAUCUUUCAGGUGAUUUAGGACAUUCAGAUGCAUAUUAUAAUUUAAGUAUUAUUAUAUAA